AUGGAUGGGUCUACCUUAUUUCAUUCUCAGGAACAACAUCCAACACUCCUGGUAUUCGGUCCUCAAGCUCUCAACUUUGAUAUCGUAGCUUUCCAAAAGCUUCGGACUCAGCUACAUGAGGAAGCUCAGCACCAAUGGGCACUCGAAGUAGUUCAUGAAUUACCCAGUCAUUGGGAGACGGUCUCCAAGAAGAUCAGUCUUUUUCAAUAUAUAGAUGGCAAACAACAAUUAGAAGAGCUCAGCGCAGCUUUAGACAAUAGCGAACUACCAUUAUCCUCAUUUCCGCUUUCGAACAUCCUUCUCAGUCCCUUGGUGGUAAUUGCUCAAUUGACCCAAUACAGGGACUUUUUGCACGCUGCUUUUCCAGAGCUGAAGGAAACUGACAGGUUUCCUGCAUGCUUAGCGAGCAGCAUAGAGACGCUGGGUUUGUGCACGGGCACUCUAGGCGCAUUUGCAGUGGCUUGCUCGUCUACAUUAGCGGAGCUUUACAUUUAUGGAAAGACAGCGGUUAGACUGGCGAUGCUGCUCGGUGCCUUGGUGGAUGCAGAAGAGUCGUCGCCAACGAGUGAUGGGAAAUCAUCAUCGUUUUCGGUCUCUUGGAACUCUGUCAAGUCGGAUGAGGUGUUGACGAGCAUUCUGCAAAAAUUUGAUGAGUGGCAGACCUACAUUUCUGUAUUCGUAGACGAGAAGCGAGCUACAGUGACAACAUCCGAAAAAACAGCUUCUCUAUUAAUCCAGGAAUUGAAGGCGGCUGGUCUUCACAUUACACCAGUUGCGCUCCGUGGACGCUUCCACUGGCAAAAGCACGAGAAACUCGCGCAACAACUAUUCCAGUUCUGCAACGUUCACCACAACUUCCAAUUUCCGGAGACGUCAAAGUUGCAUUUUUCGACUAGGUCAGCCGCAGGUGGGCAAUAUAUCACCACAGGCGACCUGCAUAUUUUGGCCCUUCGAACAGUGCUUCUUGAACAAGCGCGGUGGUACAAGACUGUCAGUGUUACCUACUCAUCUCAAUUUGGUUCAAACGAUUCUUCAGUGGUAUGUUUCGGCUCAGAGCGUUGCGUUCCACCUAGUAUCGCGCGAAAGCUUGGAUCUCGUUUGAUUUAUGCCUCAGAGAUCGAUCUAAAGACCUCCUCAAAGCCCGCACAACUAUUUGGCAAUACUAAGACCAAAGACCCGAAAGAUUUACCCGACGACCGUAUUGCCGUCAUUGGAAUGGCUGCACAGGUCCCUGGCGCCGAGGACAUCAUAGAUUUCUGGAAAGUCCUGACUGCAGGCAAAUCUCAGCACAGAGAAAUCCCCACACAACGGUUCGAGAUGGAAACUGUAUGGCGAGAAUCUGAUCCUAACCGCAAGUGGUAUGGCAACUUUAUCGAUGCAUAUGACGCCUUUGAUCAUAAAUUCUUCAAAAAGAGUCCCCGAGAAAUGGCAUCUACAGAUCCCCAGCAUCGAUUGAUGUUGCAAGUCGCCUAUCAAGCCGUUGAGCAAUCCGGGUAUUUUGCGUCGGACUUUGACAAACAUAUCGGAUGUUAUAUGGGAGUCGGUAAUGGUGACUACGAGAGCAACAUUGCGUGUCAUCCUGCCAACGCAUAUUCAGCUACUGGUAAUCUCAAAAGCUUCCUCGCGGGCAAAAUUAGCCACUACUUUGGUUGGACGGGGCCCAGUCUCACUCUCGACACGGCCUGUUCGUCGUCGAGUGUAGCAAUUCACCAAGCUUGUCGUGCUAUUAUCAACGGCGAAUGCACUACUGCCCUUGCCGGUGGCGUCAAUAUGCUCACGGGUCCUGACUGGUAUCACAACCUAGCUGGUGCGUCCUUCUUGAGCACUACGGGUCAAUGCAAACCAUUCGACGCCAAGGGUGACGGCUACUGCCGCGGUGAGGGUGUUGCCGCCGUGUAUCUGAAGAAACUUUCCUCCGCGAUAGCUGAUGGCGAUCACAUCUACGGUGUGAUCGCGGCCACGAAGGUCUACCAGAAUCAGAAUUGCACUGCAAUCACAGUCCCAAAUGCAAUCUCGCUAUCUCAACUAUUUGGAGAUGUGGUACGACAAGCCAGGCUCGACCCGAAAGAGGUCUCGGUCGUAGAGGCUCACGGGACUGGAACAGCAGUCGGUGAUCCUGCAGAAUACGACGGAAUACGGAAAGUCUUUGGUGGGCCGGAUCGUCCCAACAUCCUAUCUUUGUCAUCUGUCAAAGGUUUGGUCGGUCAUACCGAAUCCGCUUCUGGAGUGGUUUCAUUGAUCAAAACGCUCCUCAUGAUACAAGAAGGAGUGAUUCCCCCUCAAGCAAGUUUCACAACCAUCAAUCCAUCGCUCAAUGCUGUGCCUGAAGAUAAGAUCAAUAUCUUCACACAGGCUAAACCAUGGGAUGUUGACUUCCGAGCGGCUCUCAUCAACAACUAUGGUGCAUCCGGUUCAAAUGCUUCGAUGGUUGUUACCGAGGCGCCCAGUGUCCAUUCUUCAAAAUCUGCCACGCCAUCCGCAAAGAAGCACCCAUUCUGGUUCUCUGGUUCCGAAGAGAGUCAUGUUCGCGCCUAUAUCGCCAAACUCAAGGUAUUCUUGCAGCAGAAAAUUGCAUCAGGAACAGAGCCUGCACUAGGUGAUCUUUCCUAUCAAAUUUCCCGACAGUCAAAUCGUUCUCUUCAACGAGGUUUGAUUAUCGAUGCUAGCUCUUGUAGCGAUUUGGUCACGAAAAUCGAUGGGAAUCCAGCAACUACUCAAAUUCAAAGUGCCAGGCCUGUGAUUCUGGCCUUUGGCGGGCAGAUCUCCACCUGUGUUGGCUUGGAUAAGGAAAUAUAUGAAGGCAUCGCCGUCAUCAGAAACUACUUGGAUCAAUGCGAUGCGAUGUGCAAAUCACUCGGACUCGAUUGUAUCUUCCCUUCUAUAUUCCAACGAUCACCCAUCGAGAAUAUCUUGCAGCUUCAACUCGCACUGUUUUCCACGCAGUACUCUUGUGCCAUGGCAUGGAUUGAAAGUGGAGUGAAAGUCGCUGCAGUGGUUGGCCACAGUUUUGGCGAGUUGACUGCUCUAUGCGUCUCUGGCGUAUUAUCGUUAAAGGAUGCUAUCAUUAUGGUGGCUGGUCGAGCACAGCUCAUCCAGAAUACAUGGGGUGCCGAAAAGGGCUCUAUGAUUGCUGUUGAGGGAAACUUUGCAGAUAUCACUACUUUAUUGGACAAAGCUAAAGCUUCUAUAUCUGAGACCUUGUCCGGAAAGAAGUUAGAGCCAUCGAUCGCCUGUUACAAUGGUACCAGGAGUUUUACACUCGCUGGAACCGCUAAGGCGAUGGAAAUCGUGAAAACCCUGGCUGAUACCGAUGCCACAUUUUCAGAACUAAAAGUCAAGGCCCUCAAUGUGACAAAUGCUUUCCACUCAGAUCUGGUCAAUCCAUUGGUAAACGACCUUGAAGCCCUGGGAAAGACUCUAACAUUCAGACGGCCGUAUAUUCGACUGGAGAGGAGUACUGAGUUCAAGAGCACAAACGAGAGUCUGAGCGCCGAAUUUGUCGCGAACCAUAUGAGACAGCCUGUGUUCUUCAACAAUGCCGUACAACGACUAGCUACAGAUUAUCCAGAGGCCAUUUGGCUUGAAGCUGGUUCCAACUCGACCAUCACAAACAUGGCCCGUCGCGCUCUGGGACAACCAACUUCAUCACACUUUCAACCUAUCAAUGUCACCACCGAUGGUUCUUAUGAUAUGCUAGUCGAUUCAACCAUGAAGCUCUGGAAGGAAGGUCUAAAUGUAUCUUUCUGGGCACAUCAUCCCUCGCAAAAGUCAAAACACAAACCUAUCAUUCUCCCACCUUAUCAAUUUGAAAAGUCAAGGCAUUGGAUGGAAUUGAAGAAGUCUAUUCAACCAACGACUACGAUAGUCCAAGAAGCUCCAGUACCCGAAUUGCCAAAGGGUCUUACCACUCUUGUCGAAUCACAGGACCACUCCCUUCGAUUUAGAGUCAAUACGGACUACGAAAAAUUUGUCCAUCUUGUUUCAAGCCAUGUCCUCGUUGGUACCGCCGCAAAUCUAAGCUACGUGCCCGAGACGCAGACCAUCAAGUAUUUCAAUCCCUUGGUUGUCGAACAAUUCAAAACGGUAUGGCUUGACGCUGAUGCUCGGGACGCCGAAGGGCUUAUCUGGGAUUGGAAGUUGAGCGCUACAGAAAUCACUGGUCGAGGCAUGACUCAAUAUACAACCGGAACAAUCCAGUUCCGACCAGCAAAUGACAUCCAAGCCAAGAAUGACUUUGAUAGACUCGAGCGUAUGGUUGGGAGGAAGCGGUGCCUGCGUCUUCUGGAAAGCAACGAUGCCGAAGAAUUGCUCACCGGCCGCAAUAUCUACCGUGCUUUCUCAGAGGUAGUCAACUAUAAAGAGGCCUACCGCUUCGUGACAAGAAUUGUUGGCAGUGAGGAUUUGUCGGCUGGGCGAGUAGUCAAGUUGCACGAAAAGGAAACAUGCCAAAGCAACAGGGUUACCAAGAAGAUAGUCGUCAAAAAACCGGCAAAGGCGCAAGGACCUGACAUUUCAAAGGCGGCGCGCGAAAUCCUCUGCAACCUCUCAGGGCUCGAGCCGGACGAGAUAAAAGAUGACUUUCAAAGUCUGGUAACAUGUAUUCGAUCCACGCUGGGGAUUGACGAUGAAACUUCAGAUGAUGAUUCGGACGAAGUUCAGACUCCCACCGAGGAAGACAUGCCUGAAGUCAAUGGAAUUACUCCUCGUAUUAAUGGCACAAAUGUCAUUAGUGGUAUCAACAGUGAUAGUCAAUCCGCAAAAAAGUCUCUCCUACCCGGAUCGCUUGUGCUUGACGUUUUCCGCGAGGCCAAAGAAGCGACUGACACUUUUAUCGCUAACGGUAACUUCGCCAUGUAUCAUGACAAAGUCAUGCCACGGUCAAAAGCACUUGUCAUUGCACAUGUUCUGAAUGCAUUUGAAGAGCUUGGCUGUCCAAUCCGGUCUGCAGUGUCUGGUCAAAAGCUCGAACGUGUGCCCUAUGUUCCCAAACAUGAACAAUUCAUGAACUUGAUCUAUAACCUUGUGAGAGAUGCUGGAUUGAUUGAUAUCAACGGCUCAGAGAUCACACGGACUGCUGUUGCAGCACCACCUCCCGAGGCUGCGGACACCUUAUUGGAAGAACUGUUACGCGACGGGCCGGUUCACGCAGCCGAACACAAGCUCACAGCUUUGAUAGGACCUAAGUUAGCCGACUGUCUUAUUGACAAAGCAGAUGGCCUGAACUUGAUCUUUGGAACUCCUGAAGGUCGCGAGGUCGUGUCAGAGAUGUAUGCUAAGUCGCCCAUCAACUUGGUGUGGAUUGAGCAAGCAAAAUACUUCUUUGAGCAACUUGUCAGCCGCCUUCCUGCAGGAAACGAGCCCUUGCGUAUUCUCGAGAUGGGGGCAGGGACAGGCGGAACCACUUCGAAUAUCGUUCCACUGUUAGCUCGACUGGGUGUGCCCGUAGUAUAUACAGUGACCGACAUCUCCUCUUCCCUAGUUGCAGCAGCCCGCAAGAGGUUCAAGAACUAUCCAUUCAUGGAGUUCAAAGUGGUCAACAUUGAAGCUACUCCAGAUCCUAAGCUUCUGCACAGUCAGCAUAUUGUCUUGGCUACCAACUGCGUGCAUGCCACGCGAGAUCUGUCUGUCUCUACCAGAAAUAUCCACCAACUUCUGCGACCGGAUGGAUUUCUGUUGAUGUUGGAGAUGACCGUACAGGUGCCCUGGGUCGAGUUCACUUUCGGUCUCAUAGAAGGGUGGUGGCUGUUUGAGGAUGGUCGCACACACGCGCUAUCCCCUGCAACGUACUGGGAGAAGGUUUUACGCUCUGUCGGAUACGGCCACGUCGACUGGACGGAAGGAAAGCGGCCUGAAUCUGGAAUUCAGCGACUUAUCAUUGCCCAUGCGUCAGAUCCAAGGUAUGAUAAUCGCGAACCCGAGUCGUUCCUUUCCCUGUCUCCGAGCACAGCAUUAACAGACAGUUCAGGUCGCCAAUCGGACAUUGAUCGCUAUGUCCGGGAAUACACGAAAUUCUUUGAUGCUGAGCUCGAUACUAAACCAACAUUUGGUCUCGCUUCGAGCGCAAGGUGCGUCUUGGUUACUGGUGCCACUGGGAGUCUAGGUGCCCACAUCGUCGCCUACUUGACUCAACAGCGGCCCGAUGUUGACAGUGUAAUUUGUCUGAAUCGACCCAGCACUACCGAAGCAAACACACGCCAGCGUCAGUCAUUCGAAGCAAAAGGGAUCUUUUUCGACCAGGAAUCUCUGUCCAAGAUUCGAGUCCUUGAAGCAGACACCAGUAAACCCUGUCUCGGACUACCCUUGGAGACAUAUCAAAAUCUCGUCAGUAAGGUCACGCAUGUGAUUCACAACGCCUGGCCCAUGAGCCUCACACGGACGAUUCAUGCCUAUGAGACACAGUUCAAGGUGAUGCGAAAUCUCAUCGAAAUAGCGACACAAGCCACUGCCAAUCGCUCAUCCACAUUUAGAUUUGGAUUUCAGUUCAUUUCCUCGAUCGGGGUAGUUGGCACACAUCCUUUAUUGACAAACCGGCCGCUGGUUCCUGAGGAACCUAUGACGGCACGUUCAAUCCUGCCGGUGGGAUAUUCAGAAGCAAAGCUAGUCUGCGAGCGUAUGCUGGCUAAGACAUUGAAUUGCCAUCCGCACCGAUUCCGAGCAAUGACGGUACGGAUCGCACAGAUCAGUGGAUCCACCACAACUGGAUACUGGAACCCAGUCGAGCACCUUGCCUUUUUGAUCAAGUCGUCUCAGUCACUGAAGGCUCUCCCAGAUUUAAAGGGCAAUCUUUCAUGGUGCCCUGUCGAUGAUGUAGCGGCUACACUAGGCGAGUUGCUCGUCUCUGAAACGAACCCGUAUCCCAUUUACCACAUUGAGAAUCCUUCACGCCAGCCAUGGGCAGAAAUGACGGCGAUGCUGUCUGAUACGCUGAAAGUCCCUCGCAAUCAGAUCAUUCCGUUCAAUGACUGGGUGGAGCGAGUUCGCAAUCACAAUGGUCCGAUUGCUGAGAAUCCUGCCAAGAACCUGGUCGAAUUUUUUGAUGAGCAUUUCAUUCGGAUGUCGUGCGGUGGACUGGUCUUGGAUACCAUUCAGACUAGAGAGCACUCUACGGCUUUGCGUAUGAGGGGCCCCGUGAGUCGUGAGCUUGUGUCGAAAUACAUCACCGCAUGGAAACGGGCUGGGUUUCUGUCAUGA